AGAAAAAACGGCGCUGUUUUUAAACUGAAGGAGGAGUACGGUCUUCGUCACCCUCUUGGCCGCUGGAGUGAACUGUGGAGCUUCUUCACUUUGAGCAGAAUGGAGUCGCCUACAGUGAACCUGUACAACCAGUUCCAGAGUCUACAGCCGCUAAUGGACGGACUGAAUGAGAUGAUCGAACCUCAGUUCAUCCAGAUGGCUGUGAACUUUGAGGACUGCCGUAAAAAAUGGCUUCAGACAGACGAGGAGUUGGUGUCGUGCAAGGAAGUGCUGGCCAAAACAGAAACUGAGAGGGGAGCGCUGGAGGUCAAACUGAAGCAUGCUCGCAACCAGGUGGAUGUGGAGAUCCGUCGCCGACAGAAGGCUGAAGCCGUCUAUGAGAAGCUGGAACGACAGCUACAGCUGAUCCGGGAGCUGUUGAUAUCGGAAAACAGCGGGAACAGUGUCCACCUGAGUGAGGAGCAGCGCUCGGCCCUGGCCUUCCUCAGUGCCCACUCCCAAGCAGCACAGGCUGCUAAAGCUAAUCUCAACUCCAGUCACAGAUUAACCACCAUCGAUGAAUCUGCCUCCUUGAUGUCAGACAUCAGCUUUGACCAGACAGAUGACUCGCUGGACUGGGAUUCCUCUGCAGUCAAGAAUGUGCGACUCCGUAAACGGCAGAAGCGACGAUCCUCCAGAAAACUCGAGCUUCCUCCACAGAUGACUAAAAAGUCCCGCUCCUCUGGACGCCCAUCUGAUAAGAUCAAUGAAUCUAUCGUGGCGAAAACCACCAUCACUGUUCCAGCUAAUGGCGGUCCUGUAGAGGCUGUGUCCACUAUUGAAACAGUGCCAUAUGCAACACGAAGCCGGAAAAAGAGCGCAGUGGGUCCAUCCUGGGCAGAUACCACCACAACAGACCAGUCUGAAACUGCGAGUGAAGCCCCGAGCACACCUGUGUCAGACUUCCCACCUGCUCUCCAAACACAGAGGGGAAGAGGAAGGAAACACCAGUUUAUCCCCAAAACUGUGAUCAGGUCUGAGGUCUGUGUACCUUGCGGCAGAAGAACAAAGUUUGGCAAACUAUACUUGCGCUGUCAGGAUUGUAGGGUGAUUUCCCACCCAGAAUGCCGCGAUCGCUGCCCCCUGCCAUGCAAUCCUGUGGCGCUUAGCACUCCUAUAAGAAACACAGAGAACACGUUGGCUGACUUCACUCCAUUCACUGCGCCGAAGAUUCCCGCUUUGGUCAUCUUCUGCAUCAGGGAGAUUGAGCGCCGAGGCCUUCAUGAGGUUGGCCUGUACAGAGUCUCUGGCAGUGAGCGCCAGGUGAAGGAACUGAAGGAGAAGCUGAUCAGGGGGAAGACACGCCCUGCUCUGGACAAAGUAGAAGACAUUAACGUGAUAACUGGCGUGCUGAAAGACUUCUUUAGAAAUCUUCCCGAGCCACUUCUCACCUUCAGCCUGAACAAAGCCUUCAUGGAAGCUGCAGAAGUCCAGAAUGACAACAAUAGCCUGGCCAUGAUGUACCACAACAUCCAUGAGCUUCCUCAACCCAACCGAGACACACUGGCCUGUCUCAUGAUUCAUCUGCAAAAAGUGUCUCAAAGUGUGGACACCAAGAUGAACGACAGCAACCUGGCCAGAGUGUUUGGACCCACACUCGUGGGUCACAGUGUUCCCGAUCCAGACCCGAUGACCAUUCUGCAGGACACAAGCCGGCAGCCACGGGUGAUUGAGCGUUUGCUCAGCAUCCCUGUGAGCUACUGGCACCAGUUUGCCUACCCAGAAGACACAGAGAUGGACAGCGCUCUCCAAAGUGAAACUCCAGAUUUAAAGGUGAGCAUCCUGGGACCGGUGAGGACACCAGAGCACCAGAUGAUGAACAAGACGCCUUCGUCCAGCUCUCUGUCCCAGCGCAUGUUCCAAACCCUCUCCAGCACAACACUAUUUGGAAGCAAGAACAAAGCAUCGACUCUCUCGAACCGCCAGGCCAACUUCUUCGCCUCGCCUCAGUUGAAGUGAUGGAGAGUGGAGGAGAUGAAGGUGACCCACUUUUAAAUGUUGGGCUGCUAGCUGCAAUAACCAAAUCAUAACUAUGCUUAAACAGUGUGCAAUUUCCAAAGUGUUAUUUUUAAUCAAUGCAUAUCUGCACAUACCUUCACUACACUUUUGUAUUACUAAUAACUGUAUUGUUUACUGUAAUGUAGUGCGUAACUGCCAAGGUCUUUAGGAAGCUAAUCUCCUUUUGUAACCUCCACUAGUCUGGAAUGUGUCAUUCAAUCACUUUUAUGUUCAUGUUUAACAAACCUGUGGUUAUAACCGCAGAAUUGCUCGCCAAAAAACGACUGCCGUCUGAUUUGGAAGACAAAUCAUGCUAUUUUUUUUUAUGUUUAACAAGGAUGUUUUAAAUGAUCCCAGCCACCUUGAACCAGGUUUAAACGUUGCAAUGGUCUUUAAAUGGGAGAACCGAAUCGGUGUGGAGAGCUCGUCACUAUUUUUUUUUCGCUUCUGGGUGUUCUCCACUAGAGGACGCUGCGGCAUAACGUUUGAAACUCCUCCGCACCCAGCGGCUCUGCUUUGCACAGAACUAGUCCGCAACACUGACACUAGUGCUCAUAGUAGAUAAAAACAGUAGAUGAAGGGUUAUUUAUGUCAUAAUGGCAGACCUGUAAGAAAUGUAGGCAAGAAAAGUAUGUGCUUACUGCCAAAUGAGUCAGUGCUGAAAGAGCCAGUUCUUCUCUCUGAGACGACCCGUGUUGGAGCCGCACAGAGGAAACCAUCAUGUGGACUGAAGUUCUGAACUAGUGCAUCCAAACCACCGGCAGCAUCAUGUGCCAAAGUGAGAACUCUGUUGGGAUAUUCUACCACUGUGCUGCUGUAUCUGUAUUUUCUUCCUCUGUGCCUUUACUUGUCUGAGUGCAGUCUUUUGUUGAAAAAAAAAUCUUUGUGUUUUAGUCUGGCAGAUUGGA